GAAGUUUGGAAAAACGGAAAGGCCUAAGACUUGAAGGAGUGUCUUCUUUACAUGUCUCCUACAACAUUCCAAUUUCUUGACCUUAUCCAUUAAAUAGUUUUCGAUUUAGUUUUUAAUUUCUUUUUCGGUGCGUCCUGAAUCUGUUGACAGUGACCUUAAGCCGCUGGAUAUGAGCCCGCGCUCCUUCGCCCGGAAAGAAUUUUUGGUAAGGUUUAGAAACCGAGGAAACGGCGGAAAUCGAAUAACAAUAACGUUACUCUGGGAGUAAGUGUAAUACGAUACGAAGAUUUUGCUCAAACUAUGACCAAAUCGUGGGUUUUGAUCGCGUUAUUCUUUCAAUUAAUUAUCUUAAUUUUCAUUUAUCGACUAUUUAAAAAUGAUUCUGCUGAUACUAAACGAAGGAAGAUUGACGGUGCGCAAAUGGACUCCGCUCGCACGCGAGAGUUGACAAACUUCGCUCUGAGACAAAUAGAAGCCAAAGAAAUCAACUGGAGUAAAAUACUGCGAAAACAGACGCCUCCAAAGGAUGAAAUGCACGAUAAAUGGAUCGUUCUGACCACAAUUAAUGCACCGACAACAGAUGUAAAAAAGUUGGCCGGUAUCGACGGUUGGAAGGUGGUAGUUGUAGGUGAUACAAAAACUCCGGCGGACUGGAGCCAUCCCAAUUGCGUUUUCCUGAGUGUUGAAAAGCAAAAAUCUCUGGGAUAUCGCAUCCACGAGUUGCUUCCGUACAAAAGUUAUGCGCGGAAAAACAUCGGUUACCUUUAUGCCAUUCAACAUGGAGCAAAAAUUAUUUAUGAAACAGAUGACGAUAACUCGCCAACAAGUGGACAAAUAACAUUUUUCCAGUCGGAGCUGGGUGACUUCAACGUCUACAAGACAGAAUCGAUAGUAGUUAAUCCUUACGAACACUUUGGACAGAGUACUAUUUGGCCUAGAGGGUACCCAUUAGAACACAUUGCUGAUCCCCCAUCACACAAGUUUGUCAAAUGCCAAGGAGUGGAUACAUCCAUACAACAGGGCGUAGUAAAUGGUGACCCGGAUGUGGACGCCGUCUUUCGUCUAACAAGAAAAGACAAAGGUGUGGACUUAAAAGUGGAGUUUGAUGCAGAUGCACCACCUGUUGUUCUUCCUCCAUACACCAUGGCCCCUUUUAAUUCGCAAAACACACUGUUUUUGAACAAAGCCUUAUGGGGCAUGUUAAUACCAAUCACAGUGGCAUUUCGAGUCUGCGAUAUCUGGCGUGGUUACUGGGCACAGCGGUUGCUUUGGGAUGUUGGAUCUCAGCUGUCAUUUUUCCCGCCAAAUGCUGUUCAGUUUCGAAAUGCACACAACUAUCUUGAGGAUUUCAUAGAUGAGAAAAUGCUUUACCAUGAUGCUGGACGCUUUGUGGAGUUCUUGGUUAAAUGGAAAUCUGACAAAAAGGAUUUCUUCAGCAGGGUUCUAGAUCUGAGCAUAGCAAUGGUUCGAGAGGGUUUCUGGGAGAUGAAGGAUGUCAUGCUAACGAAAGCGUGGUUAGAAGAUUUAGUAAGUGUUGGGUAUCAGAUGCCAGCUGUAAGCCCCGCUCCUAAGUCAUGCAAAAAGACGAUAGGAGAAGAAACUGAACUUCGCACGAAAGAGAAACCAUCAUCAUACCUUCGCGCAGGGAGCAGACUACAAAAUUUAGAAUUGUAAAGGAAUUAAAAUAAUUACUAUAAUUUGGUUUGCUUUUAUAGUCAUCGCUACGACUGCUUCUCCAGUUUUACUGCUGUAAAGAUAGUAGAAAAAGAGGGACUGUCAAUGUUAAUAAUGUAACAGAAUGAGUCGUAUGGUUAAAUUUUGUAACGAUGUAGUUUGUAACACCUUUUUGAGAAAUGUCACUAACAAACUUUC